AUGCCCCCGCCGAAUCCCCCACCCUACGACACGUCCAUAUUCGGUACAAGCCACCCACCACUCUCAGCCCGCCACGGCGUCCAAGCAGCCCGUCGUCCGCCGCACAACUCCGGCCCCAUGUUCAACCCCCACACCCGGAUCAAUGACGCCAUCAAUUCCCUAUGCGCAAUCCGCCACUCCAUGUCCGAGCUCGAGACCCAGCACCGCAGCGUCCUCGAGACCAAGGACGCCGAGAUGGCAACACUCCAGCAGCGCUUCAAAAACAAGGACGCUGAGAUGGCAACCCUACAGCAGCGCUUCAACGAUCUAAACACACUGCAUCGCUCUACCAAAGCUCGAAUCGACGAAAAAGUCCUGUUGCAGGGCAAGCUGCAAAACGACAUGAAGAUAUUGAAGCGGGAACUCGCGGCCGAGAAAGCGAAGAAGGGUAUUGUCGACCAGGAUAUGGAAAAGCGGUUGGGUGAGGCGCGACAGGAGAAUGGUUUGUUGACAGCGAAGGUGGCGGGAUUGGAGAAGGAACUUGCGGAUGAGAGGGCGAGGGGGAAAGAGAAUAGGGAUGCGAAGAGGGAGUUGGAGGUUAUGAAGACGAAGUUGGCGGAUAUGGUUAAGGGGGAGAAGGUUAAGGUUGAGGUUGUUGAGUAG